GAAAAAACGGGAAUUGCUACGUAUGCUCUCUUCUCGGCAAAGUGACGAUGAGGUACGCGCUCUUCCGGGCCCUUUCGUCGCUGCACCUCGUCAAUGAGAAAUCUCAGAAAUCGCCGCCUCUGCCACCUUCCAACGUUCCACUGGCCAUGUUCGAUUCGGCACAUGUGCCGAAAAUAAUCACGUCGUGCCACAAUCGAACUCGUCGAGCAAGAGAAGAAUGGCUCCGUCCAUGGCAACGACGCGGCUCCGGAAGGAGUACGUGGCGCUGAAGAAGAAGCCGGUCGACAACAUCGAGGCCGUCCCGCUCGAGAGCAACAUCCUCGAGUGGCACUACGUCAUCCGUGGCGUCGGCGUCUACGAAGGCGGGCUCUACCACGGCAAGCUCAAGUUCCCGCCCGAGUACCCGAUGAAGCCGCCGUCCGUGUACAUGGCGACGCCCAGUGGCCGCUUCGAGCCCAACACGCGCCUCUGCUUGAGCAUGUCGGACUUCCACCCGGAGACGUGGAACCCCAUGUGGUCGGUCGGCAGCAUCCUCACGGGCCUCUUCUCCUUCAUGAACGAAGACACGCCGACGACCGGGAGCAUCGAGACGACGGACGAAGAGAAGCAGCGCUUGGCGGCGGCGUCCUUGGCGCACAACUGCCUCCCGACCAACACGACCUUUCGGAAGCUCUUCCCGCACUACGUUGAGCUGCAUGACGAGCGCGUCAAGGAAGCCGCGGCGAAAGCGGUCUCGGGCGUCGAAGAAGGACUCGACAAGAUGGCGCUUCAAGCGUAGAGCUGUCUCGUGUUCAUUGCACAUAUAUAUAUACCUCUACCGAUCGUCUAAGGUCUCGUUACGUCGACGUCGGUGACGACCUGCA